UGUCCACCUACCCAAUGCGAGCACAGCCAGCACAGACCUGGAGAGGGCAGUUGGACAUUUUGCAGCUGGCCAAUGUGACACUGGGAUCCAGUCCCAGGAGUGGCUCAGAGCCGUGCCAGGGGGAUCAGAGUGAAUGUCAGGAAGCAUUGCCAUCCUGAGAGGGUGCUCAGACCUGGGGCAGCCUCCCUCGGGAGAGGCUGGAUGUCCCAAGCUCAGCAUUCCAGGAGCGCUUGGGCAACACCCUUGAGCUUCUGGGCGGCCUGGAAGGGCUCAGGCUGUUGGGCUGGAUGGUCCCUGCAGGCUGUUCUGGUCCACAGGCAUAAAUGCUUCCCAUUGGAAUUCUCCAGUUAUUGAACCCCUCCACCACAAGAAUCCUAAACCCAAACUUGUGGCUGCCGCAGCAGCCUGGCACAAGUUAAAUGUGCAGUGAGCAAUCACUGUGCUUAAGCUUCAGUUGUCCAGGGCUUCCCAAAGCGCAGCGCAAACAGUGUCAACUAUCUUUCACUGGGCCUUACUAGAUAAAUGUUAUUAUUUCAUAUUAUUCAGCUUCUGUAAAGUUGUGGAGCUCUUUUCUGAGAAAUGUCUUCAGUUCUUCGGGGAGCUGUUGCUGCACUGAGUCGAUGGUGAGGUUAUUUGCAGAACACCUGCCCUGAGUGCGGGCUAGAAAUGCUGGAGCUUAGUCUAGUCAGCAUCUUCAACAUUUACAGAGUAUUCCUCAGUGAUCACGCCUGUUAUUACGUUGGAGAUAGGCUUCCACCAGUGUUUGUUCUGUACAUACAUCCUGGCUGCGUGCAACGCCAGGAUCCCUACAAAGGAAACGAUGAAAGGCACACCAUUCUUAUAUUAUCCCUUUUUACAGCCAUCUAAUAUGCAUUGCUGAUGGAACAAUGAUGCUUGUCGAAAAUGUAAAGGAAGUGAAUUAAAGUGUUAUCAGGGUAAUAGCAUUUAAAAACCAUGAAUGUUUUCCUGCCAUGAAGCACAGCAACAUUUUGCUUUGCCAUGGGAUAUAUGAACAAGGGAGGGAUAUUUUUUAAAAGAGUGAGCUGUUUCUUGAUGUUUAAACACAGAUUGGUGUUAUCAGGCUUCUUCUUUAAGAGAAAAAUUGUCUUGAGUGAGUUGAGUCACUCAUAGUUCAUAACACCCUUUGGUUGUACCUGGUUCCUUUUCUGUUGUGGGGGGUCCACAAUAAUAUUUCUCUAUAUAAUCAAGUUACUCUUUUCCUUUGAAGGGUAAGCAAUUAAGAACUAGAAUAAAUCCUUAUGAACAACUAAAUAAAUAAUAAAGGCACAGUACAUAUACAACAUAUGAGAAAGGUUUAAUUGUCCGCAUGGUAUUUCCAGUACAAGAGAUUUGGAACUGAGUAAGAAUUCAUGUUUGGUGGGAUUUGGUUUUGUUUUCUGAAAAUGGACAAUUUCCUCAAUUUUUCAAUUUCCUGCCUUGAUUGCUCCAAACAAUUAGAAGUUUCUCUGGAUGGCAAUAUUUUAUUUGAUCAACUGUCACUCAGCACAGGCACAUGUCAGUAGCUGCACUGCGGGCUGCACAGUGCAACUUGAGGCUUGAGAAUACUGUUGUGAAUUAAGCAGGAAUGCAUAAUUAAUAACCAAAAGAAAAGAAUGAAUCACAUUAAUCAGUGAAAGAAGAUGAAACAAACUGUGACUAAACAAGGGAACAAUUUGGCUCAAUACAGCAGGAUACAGGGUUUACUUCAAAAGGAAUUGUACAAGAUUUUGCCUGGAAAUUAUGUUAAUUCACAUCCGUGUGAGUUUCCAGUAGUAGGGAUAGUUCAGUUCCAGUCAUGUGGGGCUAGCUGGAGGAGCUGGCAAGUUCCUUACAGUCAGCUCUGCUCUGUGUAUCCCAGCUCCUGCCAUAGUUCUCUAGACGGCAAAAUCAUCGCAUUACACGUGGCUUCAUCCUGUCCCUGUGUUCUCCUGGGCACAUCAGGGCUUCUAUCCCAUCAUUGCUCACCCACCUUCACUCCAGUGAAACCACUUCAAGUGUUCCACUUCAGGGCCUUUCCAGGGAUGUACUGUCUCUGUCUUUUCCCUGCACUGCCUCUUCAGGCUGGAAUUCUUUUCAUCCAUUUGCUACAAAGUUGGCCAGUUCCAGGUGCUUCAGGGGCUUCAAAGUUUACAGAGAGAGUCCCUGCGCAGGGAAAGCAGAAAGCCCUGUAAAUGCGCAUCCACUUUACUGUUACUUGUGACUGGAAAUUUAGGAGAUGCUGGAGCCCUUUACACCAGACUUGCUGUUCCAGCGAAGGACAGCGAGCCCCUUUGCCCCAGGUGCAGCCGAACCGGAGCCGCGCGGUGCGGUCCCGCAGGAUGGGGGUGACGGCUCCCCCUGCAGCUCCCGGGCUCCCUCGGCAGCGGCCCCGGCGGGCGGAGCAGGGCAGCCCGAGCUCGCGGGGCGCGCCCGUGCUGCCGAGGGAAGCGAGAGGGAGAGCGGCCCCCCCGCACGGGCAGCCCGGGCCGGCACCGCCCCGGCUCGCCCCGCGGGCGGAGCGGCCCCGUGAGCAGGCGUCAGGCGCGGGCUCCGCUCGGGCCCGGCUCCGGAUAAAUGGGGGGCGGCGGCCGUGGCGGAGCCGUGGCGGAGCGCGGAGCGGCCGCAGCGCAGGGCGGAGCGGCGCCGCUGCAGCCCGGCGGGACCCCCGCGCUCACCAAGAUCUACCCCCGCGGCAGCCACUGGGCUGUGGGACAUUUAAUGGGGAAAAAAAGCACUGGAGAUUUUCCUUAUGGUUUUGAAGAAGAAAACAAGACACCAUUUUCAGCAUUACCUGACAAUAUCAAGCAGCUGGAAGAGUAUCUGCAGUGGGAAGAAAUCUCAAAAUAUUUGCUAAGGCUGCUAGAAAGGAAUGAAAAUAAAAGUGGUCACUUUUCAAAAGGAGGGCUCCCCUGGAAUACCAGGAACACCUGGGAGACAGAUGACAAUAGCAGUUGGAAACAUAUGAUGGACUAUCUGCUUCAAGUUGUGAAUAUGAAAGAGAGCACUCCAAGCUGAAAGAAGAUCACUAAAUCAUGAAGAAAUCAAAUACUUUCUGUAAGAGACUAUAUUUCACAAGCACUUGAUUGUAUCAGAUAAUCAACACGGUCACUUUUCUGUACACAAGAAUUCCUUUGUGUAAAGUACUUAAAUACACAUAUUCUUGUAUGGUUCAGCAAGGACUAAAUCCUCUAUUUCAUUUUCAAGGUUGCAUUUUCUCAUUUGAAUGGCUUUGAUAUAUAUAUAAAAAAUUGUCACGGAAGGGUCUUCCAAUUAAUUAUAUUACUUACCUAUCGAAUCAUUUCAUCUCUUAGUUUGAAACUACAUGACAUUGCAACAUUCGCAAUAAAUAGUAACAAGAAAAAGGC